AUGGCGCCCAAGAUGGCGGCCCCGCCGGAGCGCACACCAGACCCUCUAGACCCGCAAACUGGGGCUGGAUCGGAACCAUCUACCACCCCUCAAGCCACAGGGAAACCGGCCAGCAGAGACACACUCACCCCGGCUACCAAACAAGACAUAGCUGACCUCCUUAUGGAAAUGAGGCAAAUGCAUGCGGCAGAUCUCGAUUUAAAUGGAACUGAAAUGCUGGCGGUGAGCGCACGCACACAGGCCUCAGAGGAGGAUAUAAUAGACCUGAAAAGAGAAGUGAGGGGGCUAAAAGACACUUUCUACAAUAUACAAGGGGCACAGUCACCCUCACCACAAGAGUAGACCUGGCAGAGGACCGCAACAGACGAGCCAACAUAAAAAUAAGGGGGAUCCCAGACAGCGUUGACUCCUCAGAACUGCCCCACUACCUCAGAUGCCUCAUGGCCACACUCUUGCCACCCGCUCAGGCAAAAAAGUUUGUAUUGGAUGGCUGUUUUAGGAUCAGAAAAGCCAAACAAGCACCGACGGAUGCCCCGCAAGAUUUCAUCAUCAGGUGCCAUUCCGUGACGGACAAAAUCAGGCUCCUCGCGGCACAUUUGAAGCUUCCCAAGUCACCUUUUACCAGGACUUAACUCGCAACACGUUACUGUGGCGCAGGUCCUUGGCCCCUGUCACAACUCAAUUGCGAGACGCAAAGAUUGACUAUAAAUGGACACUCCCAAUGUCUCUGACAGUGACCAAAGAGGGUGCCACACUCAGCCUCUCCUCGCUGCAAGAAGCUGAACUGUUCCUGCGGGCACUAGGGAUACCAACUCGAGCCCAAACAUGGGAGAACCCCAUGACAUCACACACUUGGGACCCGGAGAGAAUAACUCCUUUUACUCCUAGAGACACGGAGAGACGUGGGCCCUGA